UGGGCCCCCCGCCGCCGCGCGCGCGGGCCCUGCGGGCCGGCCCCAUGCCUCCCGUCCGCCGCCAGGUGCAGAGCGGGCGGACGGGGGCGACUUCUCACGAGAUCAAGAAGAGCCGACAGGAGUCGAGACCGUGGCCCAUCCGAGCCGCGGUUUGCCGUGUUUCUUACGCGGCCAGGAAGGGCAAGCAGAUCGAUCUGAAAGACUGGCGGACAAUUGCCGCCAACCUCGGCAGAUCUGACGCCGUUCCUUAUGAGAAAAGUAGACGUGGGCAGCAGGCGAACAUUAAAUAUAUUGUCGUCCAGGUGCAGACCUCCCGAGACGUGAUCUGCUACAGCUCAGAACAGCAGGAGGCCGAUCUUUGGCAGCAGUCGCAUCAAGAAUGGCAGCAGUCGCAUCAAGAAUGGCAGCAGCCGCAUCAAGAAUGGCAGCAGCCGCAUCAAGAACAGCAGUCUCUUCCUUUCUGGGCCCUUCGCUGGCUGCCAGACGUGGGUGAAGAUACAACCCAGAACAAGAGCGCGCGUGAAGCGAAGGCAGAACCAGAGUGCGCGCAAAGCGGGGACCAAAACAACACUUCCUCACCGCCACCUGCUGCUGUCCCCGAUCCGUGUGAGAAGGCAGGCAGUGGCGGCCCAUGCGAUAAGGCAGGCAGUGGCAGACCCAGCCACAGGACAGGCACUGGCAGCUCUCGCGACAGCUGCGAGGACGGUAAGUCGGAGGCGAAUCUUGAGCCAGACACGAUCAGCUACAGCGCUGCAGUCAAGGACCGUGGACAGAAAGAGGCUAAGACAGGACCAGUGCGCUCCAGCUCCAUCCCUGUGGUCAGCGUCUGCGAGAAGCGGGAGGCGAAGGAAGAGCCCGACGUGAACAGCUACAACGUCGCGAUCGGGGCGGCCGCAGGCAGCGGUGCGAGGAGCCGGCAGCGGGCAGUGAUGCGAGAAAAGACGGCAGUGGUGCGAGAAGAGACGGGCGGCAGUGGUGCGAGAAGAGACGGCAGUGGUGCGAUCAGGGCGGCCGCGGGCAGUGGUGCUAGAAGAGACUACAGCUCCUCUCGACGGACUACGUCUCUCGACGACUCCCCACGACGACACCCCUCGACCACCCUUGACGUCCAUCGACGAUGCCCCUCGACGACGCCCCUCGACGACCCACCUUCGGAGUCGAAGACGAAGCCCGACACCAUCAGCUGCAGCAUGACGAAGUUGCAGCUGACGAAUCAGCGCAUUGGCGGCACCCAGGCGCGUGAGAAGAUUGCCGUGGCAGCUGAGGUCAUCGGAGCUGCGGCGAGAUCGGGUGCGCAGUGGCGAUCCGCGGCCCGCGCGGCACUAGAGGCGGCAGGCAUCUGCGCGCCCAACGCGGCUGCUUUCGUCUCCAUGGCCGCCGACGGCAUCCCCAUUCCAGCACGCAUCGAGGCGAUUUUCGCUGGUGUCGUAACCAGCGCCCACUGGUCCGCGGCCGACCAGGGCGACGCGUCCGAGCACGACGACGCCCGCGGCCAGCGCGCGACCAAGGAUGACGCCGCCACCAGCCCCAGGACCACUCCUUCCAGGAGGACUCCGACGGCUACCACCACGAGUACAGCGGCGGCGCGAGGCAGCCUGCGAGAAGCAGCAGGCGGCGACCCGAGGCAGCCAGCGAGACGCAGGGUUUCGUUCGACCUGCGCAGCCACCUCGAGCGGCCCCAGGACCACUCUCACGGGGAGGACUCCGACGGCCGACUCGACGACAGCGACCCAGCGAGCCAGAACGACACAGAGAGCAACGCCACGGACAGCGAGUACGACGGCGAAACCACGUACACCGAGAACCACGACACCCCUGCAGGGCGAGGGGGUAGGCCCUACGACGACCCGCCCAGACCAGGAGGACGGCCCACUUGGGGGCCAAGCCUCCGCCCCGCUCCGACGGGAACCAGCAACACGCCUACGGGAACCAGCAGCACACCUGCGGGAAACAGCAGCACACCAACGGGCACCAGCAGAGCAUCGGGCACCAGCAGGCCUUCUUCAACCGCACUGGCGCCCACGGCGCCUCCCAGCACAACCACUUCCUCAUCCUGGAGGGCGCCCACCUGAACGGCGAGUUCAUCAUCGCCGUCGCCCCCUCGGGUGGUGAGCGUGCCGCCUUCCUCAGGUGGAGGAGGCUGGCGGCCACCGAGGGGGGCAAGAUCAUCGUGUUCGGCUCCCACAGGGAGUACCUCUUCUGAGAGGGGGGGAGGAGGUGGCCCCCCCCCCCCUCGGGACGGCUGCGUCCGACAGGACAUCGAGCCGAUAGCGAUAGCGAUAG